AUGUCAACAACAAAUAAUCAAAGACAACCAUUAGAUGGAGUAAUAGUAUUAGAGAUGGCAGGUCUUGCACCUGUACCUUACUGUGGAAUGAUACUUGCAGACUUUGGAGCUACAGUUAUACGUGUGGAUAGAGUAGUCAAUGGUGAGGCAGUUGCAACACCAUUCGAUCAUCUCACUCGUGGAAAGCAAUCGAUUGCCAUUGAUCUAAAGUCUGCACAGGGUCGAGAACUACUCGCUACAUUGGCGCAACGAGCUGAUGUACUGAUCGACUCUUUCCGACCUGGCGUCAUGGAGAAGUUGGGUCUGGGACCACAACAACUGAUGAUCAAUGCACCACGGUUGAUCUACGCACGACUCACUGGAUUCGGACAGACUGGACCCUAUUCCAAGAUGGCCGGACACGACAUUAACUACAUUGCACUGUCUGGCGCACUGUCAUUGUUGGGUCGUCACAAUGAGAACCCAUUGUUCCCUUCCAACUACUUGGGUGACUUUGCCGCUGGUUCAUUGUUGUGUGCACUUGGCAUUGUACUGGCAUUGGUGGAACGAUCGAGCAGUGGCAGAGGCAAACUCAUUGAUGCGAGCAUGAUGGAUGGUGCUGCCUAUCUCUCGACCUUUAUGUGGCAGCUCAAGAAGAAGGGUGGCAUGUGGGAUGGUGAGCGAGGCACAAACAUGUUGGACAGUGGCGCACACUACUACGAAGUGUACAAGACACGCGAUGGUCGAUACAUGUCUGUUGGAGCGAUAGAGCCACAGUUCUAUGAGUGUCUGAUCAAGGGUCUCGGGUUGGACGGUCGAACUGACCUGCCCGAGCAGAACGAUCAGGCCGAGUGGCCACGCAUGAAGAAGUUGCUACAGGAGAUCUUUAUGACCAAGACCCGAGAUGAAUGGGAGUCUGUGUUCUUUGGUACAGAUGCAUGUGUGGCACCAGUUCUAGAGUUGGAAGAGUUACCAAGUCAUCCACAAUCAAAAGCUCGUUCAUUAAUGUUUCAAUCAAAGUCGUCGGCGGCGUCAACAGAUGUCAAUGAUCAAGAGAUGAUGUCAUCACCAAGAAUUUUUAAUAUGGUUGCUGAUAAUCAUAAUCAAUUAUCGUUGGCAUCAUCUUUGGAAACACAACAGAAAGAACAAAUACAAAGAUUGGCUGAUAGAUGUAAACAACUUCCACUAAAUGCUGGAGCCAAUACGACCAAUAUUCUCAAACAGUUUGGAGUUGAACAAUAUCAAAUUGAGAAGUUAUUAUCAAACAAAUAUGUUGUACAGGAUAAUAAUAUAAUAAUGGCCAAGUUG